GCUGGAGAGGUGCGGCAGUAAAUUGCAGCUUCCGACGUGGUUGGCACGUUUCACCGUGGCAGCAAUAUAGAUGUGAUCUUUCUUUAAAUCGAGUUGGACUUAUAAGUAAUUAAUAAUCUACGAUGUCAGAAAAAACGCCCUUAUUACACUACCGACUGACCACCAGCAGCGAGCCACCUGAUGGGUCUAAACGCACCGGGGUCAAGGGAGGGGGACACUACCGACGAUCCAAGGACAAGGCGGCUCAGAAGCUGGGAGCACUGUUUGGAGUGGUCAUUCCAACUUUGCUGUCCAUGUUCAGCGUUGUUGUGUUCUUGCGAGUUGGAUUUGUUGUUGGCCAAGCAGGGCUGUACCAUUCUAUUGCCAUGCUCCUGGUAGCCUACUUCAUCAUCACAAUGACCGUGCUCUCGGUCUGUGCCAUCUCCACCAAUGGGGCUCUAGAUGCUGGAGGAGCCUACUACAUGAUCAGCCGAGCCCUGGGUCCAGAGUUUGGUGGCAGUAUCGGAAUCAUGUUUUUUCUUGCCAACGUUUGCGGGAGUGCCCUCUACAUUUUGGGUUUAGUCGAGGCUAUUGUGUCUACCUUUGGGGUCCCACAAGAAAGUAUUGCUGCAGGUCACCAUCAGGUGCUUCCAUCAGGAUACUGGUGGGCUCUGCUUUAUGGCACUGCACUGCUUUUCCUGUGUUUCAUAGUCUGUUUGGUGGGAGCCCAUAUCUAUGCAAAAGCCAUCUUUGUCAUCUUUAUCAUAGUCAUGACAGUCCUGGCUUCGAUUUUCAUGAGUUUCUUCAUUAUGGGGCCCAUUGUGGUGAUUCUGCCACAUACGUCUGUGCUGAACACCACCAGCAUGAGCACUGCCAAUUAUACUGGCUUCAGGCUCCACACGCUGGAGGGAAACCUCUUCUCCAACUACACAGUGGACUACACCACUGGUGCCACGAUGAGUUUUGCCACAGUGUUUGCAGUCCUGUUCAACGGCUGCACUGGAAUCAUGGCAGGAUCCAACAUGUCAGGUGAUCUGAAAAACCCUGGUUAUUCCAUCCCAAGAGGAACUCUUGCAGCUGUUCUUAUAACAUUCAUCACGUACAGUGUGCUUAGUCUGUUUGCAGCGUGGUCCUGUGACCGUUACCUUCUCCAAAGAGACUACAGCUUCCUGGGGGACAUUAAUAUAUUGCCACCCAUGGUGACGGUUGGCAUUUACGCCUCGUCCCUGUCUGCUGCAAUGAGUAACCUUAUUGGAGCCUCCAGGGUCCUGUACGCUCUGUCCAAAGACGACCUGUUUGGUGGUGUUCUGGCUUUGGCAAGGAAAACCUCUCAAAGUGGAAAUCCCUGGGUCUCAGUGCUUGCCUCUUGGUUGCUUGUACAGGUGGUGCUGUUUGCUGGUAAAUUGAACACCAUUGCUGGGAUUGUAACCAUCUUCUUCCUGUUGGUGUAUGCUGCUGUGAACCUGGCCUGUUUGGCUCUUGAAUGGGCUUCUGCACCAAACUUCAGACCCUCGUUCCGUUUCUUUACAUGGCACACCUGCACUCUGGGCAUCCUUGGCUGCCUGGUCAUGAUAUUUUUGAUCAAUGCAAUUUAUGCAUUUGCCAGCAUAGCCUUUAUGCUACUCCUCUUGAUGCUUAUCCACUACCUGGGGCCCAUCAGCAAAUGGGGCUACAUCAGCCAGGCUCUCAUCUUCCACCAGGUGCGUAAGUACUUAUUGAUGUUGGAUGUGCGAAAGGACCAUGUUAAGUUCUGGAGACCCCAGGUGCUACUGAUGGUUGCAAACCCUCGCAGCUGUACAGGCCUCAUGACUUUCAUUAAUGAUCUGAAGAAGGGUGGCCUCUAUGUGCUUGGACAUGUAAAGCUGGGUUUGCUAGAUGAGUUGCCCUCUGAUCCUUUGCAGAGUCGAUAUGACUCCUGGCUAUGUUUAGUAGAUCAUCUGAAAAUCAAGGCAUUUGUCAACCUAACCCUGGCCCACUCUGUCCGACACGGAGUUCAGAAUUUGCUUUUCAUCUCAGGCUUUGGUGGAAUGAGGCCCAACACCCUUGUCUUGGGUUUCUAUGAUGACUGCACUCCUCAAGACCACCUCCAAGGUCAUAUUCUUCUGUCUACAGGCCAUAGCUUUGAUACAGUCGGUUCAACCAAAGACCCUGGAGAGCAACGCUCUCCCUUCUUUCCCAGUUUGCGGGGUGCUGAGGAGCCCAAAGACCUCCAGGAAGAUGAAUAUGUGUCAGUGAUUACAGAUACUGUAAAAAUGGGAAAGAAUGUAACUCUGGCUCGGUACUUCGACCAGUUCAACAGGGACCAAGUCCUAGGGUCAGGAAGAAAGACUAGAGGUGUGACGGGGCCAUUCAUUGAUGUGUGGCCCAUGAAUCUCCUUCAGCCAGACAGCCAUGGUUAUGUCGGCAUCUGCUCAUUGUUCCUCCUUCAGCUGGCUUGUGUUCUUCACGAUUCCCGUGCCUGGAACCAAGCAAAACUCCGUCUCUUCCUGUGUAUGGAGGCUGGCUACAGUCUGCAAGAAAAGGAGGAAGCAAAGCUCCAGGGUAUGCUUAGAGAUCUAAGGAUCUCAGCUCAGGUGCAGAUGGUGGCUUGGGACCAGGUGGUGGCACUGCACUGGCAGAGACAAAGAGAAUGGGUUGGAGAAAAUCUAUCAGAGUCUGAACCCAGUACGGAAGAUGAGAAGGAACACUGCAUCCAGAAAUAUCCCAAUAAUGCCUCUCAAUUGACGGAUGAGUAUAUCUGUGCUGUCAACGAUCUGAUUUGUCGCCAUGGUACCCCUCAGCCAGCUGUGCGUUUCUUGUAUUUGCCACACCCACCAGCAGACAGAAGCCGUUACCGUGCCUACUUGCAUCAGGUGGACCUGUUGAGUCGAAACCUUGGACCGACAUUGCUCGUUCACGGAGUCACUCCUGUGGUUACAACUGACAUCUAGAAUUUUACUAACUUUAAUCAACUGGCAGAAUCGAGUGGUGGUCAUGGAAGUAGCUGUACCUGUUGCCACUGAUUUAUUUACCUGAUAUUAAAGCCAA